CUGUUAUAAUAUCGCGAGAGUUCGCACCGCUCCUCACUACGUAAUGUGCCGUGCUGCUUAUGGCGGCGCUGGUGACAGUGCUGAAAGCUGUUGGGUAUGAAGUGAAACCGAAUUGAUUUUUGUACCAUCUGAAACCUACUUCAAGUUCAGAUCAUCGUUCAGUCAGAAGAAACGCCAAGGAAAACGAAAACAUAACGAACAUCCCCAAAACGACCCAGUGGUACAACAACUCUGAAGACAAAGACCAAGACGAAGAACUGCACUGCUACAAACGAGAAAAACUAAAGCAAAACGACACAACCAAAUGAGCAAACCAAAGAUUUAAGAAACAGAACCAGGCCGCAACGAGCGUAGCAACCAACCAUCAACGUUAACAGCGAAGGCGAGACCUGAUCUGAGACAAGAAGUUUGUGCCUACUCAACAGCUUUGAAAAAGCACACGUCCCAACGCUGCACCAAGCCCUCCUCAUCCUCCCCGCACCUCGUCCUCCUCUGGGGUGCGGAGAGGGCUGCUGUCUGCUAGUCUUUUCAGUUUUUACCUUUUUCUUUCUGUCAAUUGCAGACCGAAUCCCUCCCUGAUCUUUUUCCCCCUCCGUUCCCCCAGUCUUUCUCUUGUAUUUCUGUUCACUAUUUUUCAAAAGCAGUGUUUGUACGCCUUUUUGUUUGAAAUUUUUUUAUUUUUUGUUUUGCUUUUUGUCCUUUAUUUUUGCAACUUUUUGUAAUUAGAACGUGUGCCAGAGAGGCAAACCUUACAAGUGUGUGUGCGUGUGCGCUUGUGUGAGCCAAGUCUGAAGCAUCGAUUAAGUGAUUGAUUGGUCCAAAUCAUUACAGCCUUCCAAGACAACAGAACAAGUGUCCUACCACCCCUUACCUUCACCUGAAGAUGGAGGCCUCUGAUACCCCUGUUGCUGCCCCCACCCCUUCCACCUCAAGCCAGCCAAUCCCCCGAUCCGCUUCAGUCUCAUGCCAUGUCUCUCGUGCAUCAGGGGGCAAAAAGCAAAAGCGGACCCCCUUAUAUCAGCGAUCCAUGAGUUUUGACCCCAGUCUGCUGCAUAAUAAUGGUCAUGGUGGCUUUGCCAAUGGAACGGGCAUGGGAAUUCGUGAGACGGGAGUGGUUGAAAAGCUGCUAGCAUCAUAUGGCUUCAUUCAGUGCUCUGAGAGACAGGCCCGCCUCUUCUUUCACUGCUCUCAGUACAACGGCAACCUGCAAGAGCUAAAGAUCGGAGACGAUGUGGAGUUUGAGGUGUCGUCUGAUAGACGCACUGGCAAACCAGUUGCGGUGAAGCUGGUAAAAAUCAAGGCAGAAAUGUUGCCAGAAGAGCGAAUUUCUGGGCAGGUGGGGCCUGACUUGCACGCCUCUCCUUUAACUGUGCUGCAUGGUUUUAUUCAUCCAGUAGUGUCAGCUAUCCCUUCUCACUUGGACGGGAAGUCCGCACCUGGACAAGUGCCCACUGGCAGUGUGUGUUAUGAGAGGAAUGGAGAAGUGUUUUAUUUGACCUACAUCCCUGACGAUGUUGAAGGCAACGUCACUUUAGAUACUGGAGAUAAAGUCAGUUUUUACAUGGAGACCAACAAGCAUACUGGUGCUGUUAGUGCUCACAACAUUGUAUUGGUAAAGAAGAAACAGUCAAGAUGUCAGGGAGUUGUUUGUGCUACCAAGGAGGCCUUUGGAUUCAUUGAACGAGGGGAUGUUGUGAAGGAGAUCUUCUUCCACUACAGUGAGUUUAAAGGAGAUCUGGAGGCUCUACAAGCUGGAGAUGAUGUGGAAUUCACCAUUAAAGAAAGAAACGGCAAGGAAGUGGCCACAGAUGUGAAACUGUUGCCUCAGGGCACUGUUAUAUUUGAGGACAUCAGUAUUGAGACUUUCGAGGGCACUGUCACCAAGGUUAUUCCCAAGGUCCCCACCAAGAAUCAGAACGACCCGCUGCCUGGGCGAAUCAGUGCCAGAAUUAAUUUCACUGACAAAGAGCUGCUGUUCGGCGAGAAGGACACCAAGGCCAAAGUGACGCUGCUGGAGGGCGACCAUGUCCAUUUCAAUAUAUCCACUGACCGUCGAGACAAACUGGAGAGAGCGACAAAUAUCGACAUCCUCCCUGACACCUUCCAUUUCACAAAGGAGACUCGUGAAAUGGGUGUGAUAGCUGCCAUGCGUGAUGGUUUUGGAUUCAUCAAGUGUGUGGACCGUGAUGCCCGAAUGUUCUUCCAUUUCAGCGAGGUUCUGGAAGAGAGUCAACUGCACAUUUCUGAUGAAGUGGAAUUCACUGUUGUCCCUGACAUGCUGUCAGCCCAAAGGAACCAUGCCGUACGGAUCAAAAAGCUGCCCAAGGGCACGGUGUCGUUCCACACGCAAUCUGAGCUGCGUUUUGUGGGGGUGGUAGAGAAAGAAGCUAUGUCUGCUACCACCACCAAGAACUCCAGUCCCAGCAAGGGCAAAGAGAAGAAAAAAGACAAGGGUAAAGUUGAAAAGGAUGCAGAGGAAGGCUUGAUUGCGUAUGAAGAAAGUGGAGUGAAGAACACGCUUCCCUACUAUAUUAAAGACCUAGAGGGAGGUGCUUACCCACAGGUUGGAGACAAGGUGGAGUUCUCCAUCAGUGAGGUAAAACGCACUGGACAGCAAAGCGCUGUGUCCCUCAAGAUCCUUAAUCGUGCUGUUGGCACCAAGAGGCUUCUGGGAUACAUUGCAACACUGAAGGAUAACUUUGGCUUCAUAGAAACAGCCAAUCAUGAUCAGGAGAUCUUCUUCCACUACAGUGAGGUGUGUGGGGAUGUGGAUAAUAUGGACCUGGGAGAUGCAGUGGAGUACACUCUAUCCAAGGGCAAAGGAAACAAAAUCAGUGCUGAGAAGGUCACCAAAGUUGCAGCUGUGAAUGGUGUAGGAGAAGAUGUGAGUAAUACCGUGUUCCUGGGGAAAGUGGUUCGGCCCUUGCGCAGUGUGGACCCUUCUCAGACUGAUUAUCAAGGCCUUAUUGAGAUCACAGAGGAAGAAGCCAGCAAGGGUCAGAGUUAUCCGUUUGGCAUCGUUGGUAUGGCCAAUAAAGGUGACUGUCUGCAAAAGGGUGAGAUGGUGAAGUUUCAGUUGUGUACAGUGGCCCAGACAGGACAAAAGAUGGCCUGCAAUAUUGUGCCUCAGCGUAGAGCCCUGGUGGAGUGCGUCAAAGAUCAGUUUGGUUUCAUCACGUACGAAGUUGGAGAGAGCAAGAAGCUGUUUUUCCAUGUCAAGGAGGUGCAGGAUGGUCUGGAGCUCCAGGCUGGUGAUGAAGUGGAGUUUUCGGUUAUCCUGAACCAACGCACAGGCAAAUGCAGUGCCUGCAAUGUUCGCAGAGUCAGUGAGGGUCCAAAACCAGUAGCAACACCACGACCUGACAGACUGGUCAAUCGCUUGAAGAGCAUCACUCUUGAUGACACCAACGCCCCCCGUCUUGUUAUUAUCAGACAGCCUCGUGGCCCAGACAAUUCAAAGGGCUUCAAUGUAGAGAGGAAAUCCCGCCAACCUGGUGUUACUGACUGAGUACUGUUCACCCCUCUCUUCCUCCUCCUCCUCCUCCUCCUCCUCCUCACUAUGGAAGAAACACCUUGAAGAAAAGCAAUCAGACAGAGGGCAGAGGAAGGGAUUUGUGUGUGUCUGUUUAGUUCGCUCUCAUUUUAUCUCACACAUAAACACAAUUCACAGAGUAACAAACCCAUCAAGACUUGAAAAUUAUCACACACAAUUCCCUUCCUUUGUCACAGGAUCCCUUGCAAAAAAAAAAAAAAUCCUCAUCUCAUUGUCUUCAUUGUAUGUGUGACGUUUUUGUGUGGGUUGUAAUUUGAGCAAAACCCCUCGUGUUGUAUGAGCGUGUGUGUGUGUGUGGUAUGCAUCACAUGUAAACUUGUAAGGUUAUGCAGAGGAUAUGAGGGGAAAUAAGGGGUUUGUAGUUCUCGCAUCUUUAGAUUGAGAUGUGGGCACUGUUUGACCCGUUUUUUUGUUUCUGCUGAAAUUGAAAUGCCAGGAAUUCUGCACCUGCUGCUGUGUGAGUGAGUUAUUGUUUUAGAGUAGCUUUGCCUGUCUGUAUUUUGACCUCCGUUAUAUAUACUUUAUUCUUCCUGUAUCACUUGAAUCCUUCUCAUGUUGAGUUUCUCACACAGGUGAAGUCGAGAUAUUGCUGGGCUCUUUCUGCUGAGAAAUAAAAUGACUAGGGUUCUUUUCGCUCACGUUUUCCAUACCAAUUCCAUAGGUUUUAAUAUGGAUCUGAAAACUUAAUAAAUUUUCUCUCCGCUCAGAACCCGCUUGUGUAUGGUUUUUGAUGUGUAAAUUACAAUUUUUUUGAUUAUUUUCAAAUUACAUUGGCUUGUUUUCUUUUUAAACAGCCUUUAUUUUAAUUCCUGUUUUGAUUUCAUAAGCUCAAUCUGUUUAUGGGCAAGUGCAGAAUUCCUAAUGGCAUCUUGUAGCCUGCGGUCCUUUUUAUAUAGCUCUUUUUCUUUUCACAUGUACUUUUCUUUUUUUCCUUUGAGUUCUACUUAAUGUCUGCUAAUGAAUAAAUUAAGAAAAAGGUGCCUAAAAACAAACAAAACAAAAAAAA